GCAAAUAACAGUAACUUAUAUAAUCUUACAUACAUACAUCCCCCUUAUUUACACAUAUUUCUUUUGUAACGUAAAAAAGUUGUUAUUACUUGAUCUGUUAAAGAGCCUCUCUCAAAUACAAUCCUCUACAAGCAUAUAGUACUAAUUAUGGAUUCAAAAUCUACUAGCUAUGAAACAGCAAUUAACAUGUCUGAAACAGAGUCCAUCAAGCAAAAAUCUUCUUCUGCAGCACCAAUUAUAGCUACCACAAAGACCAUUUCACAUAAUCAGAAAGGAGGAUGGCGAAGAGGAGUUAGCAUUUUCGACUUUAUUUUGCGACUUUGUGCCCUUGUCACUACUCUCGCUGCAGCAACUACUAUGGGAACUACUGAAGAAACUCUUCCUCUUUUCACUCAGUUCUUUCAGUUCCAAGCUAGCUAUGAUGAUCUCCCCGCUUUCUCGUAUUUUGUGGUGGCAAAUGCUAUUGCAAGUGCAUACGUUGUUCUGUCUCUGCCUUUCUCCAUUGUUUGCAUUGUUCGACCUCAUCUAGUUGGAGCCAAACUUGUGCUUUUAAUUCUUGAUACGGUAAUGGUGGCAUUUACUACAGCCGCAGCAUCUGCGGCUGCUGCCAUAGUGUACUUAGCACAUAACGGCAACUCCACCACACAAUGGGUGGCGAUAUGCCAACAGUUUGGAGAUUUCUGCCAGCGAGUGAGCGGUGCAGUGGUGGCGUCCUUUAUUGCAGCAUUCAUUUUCAUCAUCCUUGUUGUUUUCUCUGCUGUGACUCUACGAAGGCAUAAUUAGGACAUUUGCUGAAUUGGUGUUGUUGUGCUUAGCUUUCCUUAAAAUUUGGAUUUGGUGUCUUUCAUUUUGAUUUUGUUGUAAUUUAAUUGCAUGCAUCUCUAUUGUUUUUGAGUUUUUGGACAUCAAUUUGCUUAUUCACUUCUCUAA